AUGACGUCAGUACAGCCACAGUCCAACCUCAGCCCUGCCCCAUGUCCCUGGCAAGAAGCCCAGUAUCUGAAGUGUCCCCUCAGAGGGGUCACUCUGCAUUUCUCUUUUUUGUUGUUGUUGUUUUACAGUUUUCUCCUUGUCUUUGGUUGCUUGAUUUUGUCAGUAUUUUCUACCAUCCCUGAACACGCAAAAUUGGCCUCAAGUUGCCUCUUGAUUCUGGAGUUCGUGAUGAUUGUCGUCUUUGGUUUGGAGUUCAUCAUUCGAAUCUGGUCUGCCGGUUGCUGUUGUCGCUAUAGAGGAUGGCAAGGAAGACUGAGGUUUGCCCGAAAGCCCUUCUGUGUUAUAGAUACCAUCGUUCUUAUCGCUUCGAUAGCAGUUGUUUCUGCAAAGACACAGGGCAAUAUUUUUGCCACAUCUGCACUCAGAAGUCUACGUUUCCUACAGAUCCUCCGUAUGGUGCGCAUGGACCGAAGGGGAGGCACUUGGAAAUUACUAGGUUCAGUUGUUUAUGCUCACAGCAAGGAAUUAAUCACAGCUUGGUACAUAGGAUUUUUGGUUCUUAUUUUUUCAUCUUUCCUUGUCUAUCUGGUGGAGAAGGAUGCCAAUAAAGAGUUUUCUACAUAUGCAGAUGCUCUUUGGUGGGGCACAAUUACAUUGACAACUAUUGGCUACGGAGACAAAACUCCACUAACUUGGCUGGGAAGAUUGCUUUCUGCAGGCUUUGCACUCCUCGGCAUUUCUUUCUUUGCACUUCCUGCCGGCAUCCUUGGCUCAGGUUUUGCAUUAAAAGUACAAGAGCAGCACCGCCAGAAACACUUUGAGAAAAGAAGGAACCCAGCUGCCAACCUCAUUCAGUGCGUUUGGCGUAGUUAUGCAGCUGAUGAGAAAUCUGUUUCCAUUGCAACCUGGAAGCCACACUUGAAGGCCUUGCACACCUGCAGCCCUACCAAGAAAGAACAAGGGGAAGCAUCAAGCAGUCAGAAGCUAAGUUUUAAGGAGCGAGUGCGCAUGGCUAGCCCGAGGGGCCAGAGUAUUAAGAGCAGACAAGCCUCUGUUGGUGACAGGAGGUCCCCAAGCACCGACAUCACAGCCGAGGGCAGCCCAACCAAAGUACAGAAGAGCUGGAGCUUCAACGACCGCACCCGCUUCCGGCCCUCCCUGCGCCUCAAAAGUUCUCAACCCAAACCAGUGAUAGACGCUGACACAGCGCUUGGCACUGAUGAUGUAUAUGAUGAAAAAGGAUGCCAGUGUGAUGUGUCAGUAGAAGACCUCACCCCGCCGCUGAAGACUGUCAUUCGAGCCAUCAGAAUUAUGAAAUUUCAUGUUGCAAAACGGAAGUUCAAGGAAACAUUACGCCCAUAUGAUGUGAAAGAUGUUAUUGAACAAUAUUCUGCCGGUCAUCUGGACAUGCUGUGCAGAAUUAAGAGCCUCCAAACACGUGUUGAUCAAAUCCUUGGAAAAGGACAAAUCACAACAGAUAAGAAAAGUCGAGAGAAAGUAACAGCAGAACAUGAGACCACAGAUGACCUCAGUAUGCUCGGCCGAGUAGUCAAGGUUGAAAAACAGGUACAGUCCAUUGAGUCCAAGCUGGACUGUCUUCUUGACAUAUACCAACAGGUCUUGCGGAAAGGCUCCGCCUCGGCCCUCACCUUGGCGUCAUUCCAGAUCCCACCAUUUGAAUGUGAACAGACAUCCGAUUAUCAAAGCCCUGUGGAUAGCAAAGACCUGUCCAGUUCUGCACAAAACAGUGGCUGCUUAUCCCGAUCGGCUAGUGCCAACCUCUCGCGAGGCCUGCAGUUCAUUCUGACACCAAAUGAGUUUAGUGCUCAGACUUUCUAUGCGCUUAGCCCUACUAUGCACAGUCAAGCAACACAGGUGCCAAUGGGUCAGAGCGACGGCUCCACAGUGGCAGGCGCCCACAACAUUGCAAACCAAAUAAAUGUGGCACCCAAGCCAGCAGCCCCAACAACUUUGCAGAUCCCACCUCCUCUCCCAGCCAUCAAACAUCUGCCCAGGCCAGAGACCCUGCACCCAAACCCCGCAGGCUUACAGGAAAGUAUUUCUGACGUCACCACCUGCCUUGUUGCCUCCAAGGAAAAUGUUCAGGUCGCACAGUCAAAUCUGACCAAGGACCGUUCUCUGAGGAAAAGCUUUGAUAUGGGAGGAGAAACUCUGUUGUCUGUCCAUCCCAUGGUGCCGAAGGACUUGGGCAAAUCUUUGUCUGUACAAAACCUGAUCAGAUCAACAGAGGAACUGAAUAUACAGCUUUCAGGGAGUGAGUCAAGUGGCUCCAGAGGCAGCCAAGAUUUUUACCCCAAAUGGAGGGAAUCCAAAUUGUUUAUAACUGAUGAAGAGUUGGGUCCCGAAGAGACAGAGACAGACACUUUUGAUGCCGCACCACAGCCUGCCAGGGAAACUGCUUUUGCAUCAGACUCUCUAAGGACUGGAAGAUCGCGAUCAUCUCAGAGCAUUUCUAAGGCAGGGGAAAGUACAGAUGCCCUCAGCUUGCCUCAUGUCAAACUGAAAUGAGUUCUUCGUUUUCUUUCUAGGCAUAGCAGUUCCUUUAGCCAUACAUAUCAUUGCAUGAACUAUUUUGAAAGCCCUUCUAAAAAGUCGAAAUUGCAAGAAUCAGGGAGAACAUGAGAGGCAGUUUAUAAGCCUGUUAUCUUUUAAUUGCAUGAAAAUGCAUGUUUAGGGUGGCUGAAAUUCCAAGGAGCAUCGACAUUAUCCCACUCAUUUAGUAAUGUACCUUGAGUUGUGAGUCCUGAGAAACCAAACACUGCUCUUGCUAUGGGGUGUGUGAAAGUGUCAAGAUUCGGUCACUUAGAGGAUUUGACACUGCAGUUUGAAAUUAUGGGAGGAAACAUCUUCAAAUUUCAGGCAUUUCUGCUUUGUGACUAAAUACAAAAUACAUUUUCCAAACUAGGCCAUAAUGUAUAUUUGAAUAAAUGUCUAGCAACAGCUGCUAACACGGUAUCAAGGAAAGCAGAAUUGGGGAAAAAUAGAAAUGGCCGCUUUUUUCGAGAUGUAUUUGCCAACCUAGUCCUAUUCAGUCAUUUUAUUAUUCAUGUAAUUUGAUAUCGGUGUGCUUUUGGUGAAUUAGCGCUGUGGCAAGCAAUUUUGCACAUCAUCUUUGUGUUCUUCUUUAGGACAGGUUCUUCAAUUAGGAAAUGUGCAAAAAGUGAAAUUCAGACCCAGUGGGGCGAAUAGGCUGUUGACAUUCGACUCUCUGGAAACCUGUUCCCUGGUGGCACAGUCAGCUUCCACAUACGCACCUGAAAUGCUGACUGGUAGAACAGCCAGUGUGAUCGGACUGGUCUUUCUGCAAUGGCAUCGACCUUCGCCUUGCCAAUACUGCCCACGCAAUGGGCUAGUAUCAGGAGCUAUGUUCAUUUAGCUGACAUGCAGGUAGGCCCCCAGGGAAUGGACAUGUUGAGUGGGGCUGAACUAGGCUGGAAAAGAAUCUACAACCACCACCAGGUAAGAGGCAAAGUUAAAGAAAAUGAUUUCCCCCUCAAAGGGCAAUGAGAGGGAGAGAAACAAACCAAAAUGAAGACUAGUUUUUUGAGAAAAGGAAUAUGACUAGACAAGUCAAUGACCUAACCAUCCUUUAUUCUUAUAUAUAAACAGAGUUUGGCAAGGUAUUUAUUUUUUAAUAUGCCCUGAAAGUCUUUUGCUAUCGUGUAGUACAUUUUGCAUAGGAAAGGCUAAAACUAAACUCCCUUUAGUUUUUAUAUUAUAGCAAACAUUUUCUGUUCUCCCCGAGAAUAUCGUCCCAAACCUGGAAUGACUGGUGGUUUCCCAGUAUAAACAUUUACACUUAGAAGCCAGAUAGUACCAGCAGGGUGUACAAAUCAAAACAUGAUGGCAUGGCUGCGAAAAGACCCAGGGAACAAACUGCAAAGUGUAUUUGUCAGAAAGCGAGCGACGCCGACUGCUGUCCUCGACCGUCAAAACGUCAGCCAAAGUGUGGCAUUCAAAAGGCGAGAAGAGGAGAGAGAACCUUUCCACUCAGUUCCAUCCUGGCCACAUGAAGGACUCGAGAAGUUUCUUCCUCAGCAGACAUCAGUGCUGCCUCUUCCAGGAAAACCACUCCAGCAGCCAGGGAGAAUGAGCAGGGAUACCCACUGGCUGUUCAAAGGGAGAAGGCAACCUUGAAAUCCCCAGGAGGCUUUCUCUAUCAGUGACCUCUGCUCCUGCUUCCCUUCCUCACCAAUGGCUUCAUUCCCUGCCGCUGUUUUGCUUCUGAACUUCAGCAGGCCUUAAUUAGCCUCCAACCCCAAGUAAACCAAUUCUCCACUCUACCUACAAUGUACUUCUCAUCCUUUUAAAAUCCUUGUCCCUUUUGAUAAACAUAAAUUUUAAAAGUUUCCUUUUCUCAUCCCACUUGGAUUCUUACACACUCCUCUGGACUGUAUCAUUCAGAAUCUUCUUGGCUGUACACACACAGAAGAUAGAGCCUACAUUUUACCCUCCCAUUUAAAAGGUUGUAUCAAGCUUCUAAAGCAAUUAUGUUAAUUUCCCAAAUAUGGAAUACCAGUUAUUAAUGAAUUUUUCAUCUACCCAUGUCUUCCACUCAACAUGAAAUUAUGACAUACCCUUUAAGAAUGUUGCACACAGAACCACACGCACACGCACAGACACACACACAUACCCCUCCACUGACCUCAAGCCAGAGCCUCCCACACACUUGGCAGGCUCUCUCCAAAUAUUAGCCGAGGAAGAGGAAUGGAGGCGGCAACUUUCAGGUAGCACUGAUUCUUGGACAUACUGUCCUGGGUCGAAUCCCACUGGCAGCAGGCAAACU